AUGGCUCCCCGCUUCGUGUACAAGAUCCUGCCCUACACAGGCCGAUACUAUAUCCCUGAGCCAGUCCCGGCGUCCUUCGCGCUGCCGAUGACAGAGCUCGACGCCAAAGACGGGUUUGUGCAUCUCUCGACAUGCGAUCAAGUCGACGGCGUCCUUAAGCGGUUCUACGGGCCGGAGUACUACAGCGACGCUCAGAUUCAGCUCGUCAGAAUAGACUACGAACGACUGUCGGCUUGGAAGACCGUCAAGUGGGAGCAAGCGGCAGGCAGCCAGUUCCCGCACCUUUACAAUGCCGAUGUCGAGGGCAAGGAUCUGAGCAUGCGUCCGCUCGAGCUGCUGAAGCGCUCCGGAGACGAGAAAGGCUGGACUCCCGCCCUGGACAGGCUCAGACAAUCUGGCUGGUUCGUGAACUGA